AGCAUCCGAACAUCCGAUGUGACACUGUUAAAGUUUAGCACCUCGUAUCCAAACACCCCCUGAGGGCCAAGGCCAGACGAGGUGAUGGUGAUGGAGUGCGGCGGCAGCACGCCGAGAGACGGGAACGGAGGCAGUCCAGGCGCGCGGCGCCCGAUGGCGGGCGAUCGAGUGCGGCAGCUGGCCGGGCGGCGUCGGGGUUCGGGUCCGUCGGGCCCGACCGGACGGCAUGAUCCUCCUCCCCUGACAGCACGUGGAGUACAAUCCGGACGAAGCAAUCUCGCGUGUCCGGUGGUCCACCGCCAGCAGCAGCAGCUGCCGCCUAGCCCGGUUCGGUUCAACUCCCGCAGCUGGCUGGCUGGCAUCGAUGGCCCCGGGGGCACGCGCGCAGGCACCGGCGGGGCCCGGCACCGAACCACACCAGAAGCCGCCGCCCGCCCGCCCGCCCCGAUGCGGAUACGACGCCGCCCGCGCGCGCGCUCCGCCACGGAGCGGCCGAGCCCCCGCCGGAUCCCGCACGCGCGCCUCAUAAUCGCUCAGCGUGCGUGCCGUGCCUGGGGGAUGGAUGGAUUGCUCUGCCACGAUGCCCACCUCCACCACUGAAGAGAGGGAGGAGGAGGCCACGGUGGGAGGCGGAAGGCACGCGCACCCAUCGAGUGCGCACGCCACCUCAUUCAUUCGGCUCCCGCGCCCGCAUCGGCCCAUCCAUCACUGCGCUCGCCACUGCUGCCGCACGCCGCUCCACCUUCCUUGCCCUCUUCCCCUUCUCUCUCUCUGUAUCACUCAAAAGAAGUGCCUGCCCCAAGCAAAAGGAACACACCGAGCGACAGGGCAGAGGCAAUCGGGAGCACGACUGCACGAGCAUCCAUCCGAUCCACCACCACCGGCCUGGCCUCUGCUCGCCCGUUGUAUAAGACCAAACCCUGUGCCCUUCCCCUCCUCUGCCACCCCCAAUACGUUUCCAUCCCGCUGUUCUCGACCUCCAUCGGUGCUGUCGUUUCAAUUCGGAUUGUCUGUCCUGCCUUGACUGGAUUUCAGCCGGACGCCAAGGAGGCCAAGGGAGCAGGCAGCAUGCCGUUCCUCGUGUUCUUCCGCGCCAACCUGUGAUCUCGCGUUGCAAGUUUGCUAGGCCAGCAGCGCCCUGUCGCCAACAACACAUCGCCACACCUCGGCAAUUCAGGCGCCGGCCAUCAGUCCCCACUUCACUCUCCUUCAAACAAAACCUCAAACCCGAACCAGGCUUUACUGAAACAAUUUUGAAUUCAACCACAAAAAAAGCCAGCUCCCAAGUCCUGUCAACAAAACAAAAUUCCCUCGAAUUCCUUGCUCAAUUUCAUUCCAAUCAAAAGCCUGCCUAGAAUCUUGCUAGAUUUCCCACACAGACAACCAGAAACCAAGCAGCCCGAUGCAGGGAGACCCCGGGUAUGGUGGCUACGGCUACGGCUAUGGCUACGGCGCCGGCGGCUACGACAACGACAUGGCCGGCUACGGCGCGUACUACACGGCAAACGACCGGUAUCCCGCCGCGCCGGCCGCCUACGAGGACCCGCUCGCCGGUCGGAGGCAGCACGACUUCCCGGCGCCGCUCACGGGGCUGGAGUUCCAGGCGUCGGACACCUGCCCCAAGAACUACGUCAUCUUCGACCAGACGUACGACCGGAGCCGGGUCAUGUUCCACCCCUCCCUUGCCAACAACUUCGGCGGCGGGUACGACUACGACCACCGCUGCUACGGCUACGAUCAGGCCUACGCCAGCAAGACCGCCUACGACGAGGACGCCGGCGGCGGCGCCGCCUCGGUUCGGCAGAAGGAGGACACGGAGGAGAUCGACGCGCUGAUGAGCACGGAGGACGGCGAGGACGAGGACGACGUGCUGAGCACGGGCCGCACCCCGGGGUGCCGCGCCGGGGGCUCGCCGGACUCCACGUGCUCGUCCGGGUACGGCGGCGGCGGGAGGAAGCAGGAGACCGGCGGCGAGAAGAAGAAGGAGCGGAUGAAGAAGAUGGUGCGGACGCUCAAGGGGAUCAUCCCCGGCGGCGACCGGAUGGACACGCCGGCGGUGCUGGACGAGGCCGUCAGGUAUCUCAAGUCCCUCAAGGUGGAGGUGAAGAAGCUCGGCGCGCGCGGGUCGAGCAGUUAGCAGCUACCCCGCUGACAGGCAUAUCGGUGAAUCUGACCGGCAUCCUCCUCGGACGGAGUUCUUUUGUAAACGAUGGUGGCUCUAUGUUGUUUAUCCAUUCCAUGCAUCAGGCUGCAUUAGUACGCGACAACGAGAAUUCAGAGUUGAGAUAGGACAAGGAAGGUUCAGAACAUGCAAUCAGAUGUUCCCAAUGCGACUUUUGAGUGUCGAUUUAUUCAUGCGGGCAAUCUUCUUACAAGAAAAAUCUUCUUACAAGAAACAAGUAGGGGUGUAGCCGUGUAUAGGUACACUUGUUUUGCUGAGACCUUUUCACAAACAAGAAAACUCAAAACUCUUCUGCUCUACUAACAGAUUGCUGCAACUUGAGAGUAACUAAGGAUGCAAAGUUUGAGAUUGUACGGUGUGA